CCUAGGACCCGAGUUGUUUCUCUUUUUAGAAAAUGUCUCAAUAAAGUCCUUAUUUUCAGAGAAACUGGGUGUGCGAUCACUUUCAAAAUGUCUUCUUUACCAAGUCAAGGGCCAGUUCAGUCGACAGCUGGGGCUGUGCCGAUGAAAAAUGAUAAGGGUGACUUUGUGAUGCAAAAAGUGAAAGUUCAGCGAUAUGUCUCGGGAAAGCGACCAGAUUAUGCGCCACAGGAAUCAAGCGACGAGGAAGACUAUGAAUUUGGAUUUGGAAAAAAGAAGCGGACUCUUCCGGAGUUGAAGACAGAGGCUGAGAAAGUUGACAGGAGGUUGAGACGUCUUCAACAGAGGGCAGAUAGUGAUGAUGAUGAGGACAGGAUUGCGCGUCAUCGUCGCCUUCGAGAGCCAGAAAUCCUGGUGCCUGGCGACUCGGAUGACGAUGUCGAGAUGAAGAAAGUGAGCUCUGACGAGGCUGCUGAAGACUCCGAUGACGAAUCGGAUAGUCAGGAUCGCCGAGUGAUGAGCAGACGUAAGGAGGAGGUGAUGGAGGAAAGCGAGGAGGAAGAAGAGGAGUUGGAUGAUGAGGAGAUCGAGAGGCGGCGUCUGCUGUUGAGACAGAGGGCUCAACAGAGGCUGGAGGAGGAGGAGGUUUUAGAGAAGGAAGAGGAAAUGUCUGAGGGAGAAAGUGAAGAGGAAUCGUCAGAAUAUGAAGAGUAUUCCGAGUCUGAUGAAGAGAUGGGCCCCAGGUUAAAACCUGUGUUCGUUAGGAAAAAAGACCGAAUAACUAUCCAGGAAAAACAACGAGAAGAGGAGAAACAGCAUGAACUUGAGGUCGAGGCCAAGAAGAUGGCCGAAGAGAGGAGGAGACAGACCUUGAAGAUGGUGGAAGAUGCCACCAGAGCUGAGAUGGAGGAGGUAAAAACCGUCAAUGAUGCCAUCGAUGCUGUACUCACUGAUGAAGAGAAUGAUGAGGAGGAAUAUGAGGCAUGGAAGGUCCGGGAAUUGAAACGUAUCAAACGCGACAGAGAAGAAAAGGAAAUGUCAGAGAAGGAAAGAAGUGAACUCGACGCCAUCCACAACAUGACUGAGGAAGAACGGCGUAAUCUCUUCAAACAGAAACCCAAAGAAAUCACAAACAAGGCUUCAAAAGGAAAAUACAAAUUUUUACAGAAAUAUUAUCACAGAGGUGCAUUUUUCUUGGACGAAGACAAGGAUAUAUUCAAACGGGACUUUGCGCGUCCAACGCUGGAAGAUCACUUUGAUAAGACGAUUCUUCCCAAAGUUAUGCAGGUCAAGAACUUUGGACGCUCAGGACGAACUAAAUACACCCAUCUCGUCGACCAGGACACUACAAACUUUGAAUCGCCAUGGAUCUCGGAAACCGCCCAAAAUCUCAAGUUCCAGUCGAACAAAGGUGGAGGAAUGAAGCAAAUAUUUGAUCGUCCAAGCAACAAUAAGCGUAAAUGAGGAGCGUGACAUGGCAGAGGACUGUUUAUAUUUUGACGAUACAGAUUGCAUUUGCUGGGAACAGUGUUGGACUUGUGAAGGACAGGAUUAUGGCCCUGAUCAGCGUUUUGCUGCUGAAGCUAUUUAUGGCCUGAACGGCCAAGUGCUGAGCAGCAGGGACAUUUAUUGAGAGCUGAAAUAUGUUCAAAGUGUUGCCAUCUGUAGGAUUUGGGCCAAGCUGAUGUUUCCCACUGCGUAAAGCAUGUUGAGGGAUGCCACAGGCCGAUCACAUGACGUGCUGUGCACGUCAUUUGCACUUGAGCGGACUUGGGGCACGACGUUCUCUGCACGUCGCAGUGAAAAGGUCAAUGGGGAGGCUGAAGGACAUUUUGAACAUGUCAUGGUAGUCGAUCGGUGGAAUGUUGAACUCUGAAGGCAGUUUUUGACAGAUCAUGGUAUUGAUCAAGUGGACAGUUGUCACAAGCGUGCAUUCAUGGAAUUUCGCAGUUUUGGACAGUAACGAAAGAAUUCCUUGAUACAUAUGAGGGAGUUGCUGCUAUUGAUUGAGAUAUAACUGCUGACUGGAGCAGUUCCUUGUAGAUCCUAGCCAGAUGAAGGGGGUGGGGGAUUCAUCCUUUUGGAAUGUCUCUUGUACAUACAUUCGCUUUAAUUUUCAAUAAACUUAUUGUCUAUACAUGUA